GUGUGGGUAUGGUGUAAAUGCAGUAUGUGGGUAGUUUAGGUUCGAUCCUUAAAAAAACCAGACCAGCACGAUCCAUAUAACUGAAUGAGAAACGCCUCUUUCUCCCCACGCAGCAAACGACGCUCAGCAAGAACACGUUUCCCACCAGAAAAAAAACUCGUCUCUGUUUCGCUAGGACUGCCUGCGAUCCCGCCGUCGCCGUCUCCACAUGGCCGCAUCCACCUCCGCCGCCGCCACCGCCAUGUCUGAACCCACCGUUGGAGGGAGAGCACUCCCAGGCCCUCCUCCGCCAACGCCGUCGAACCACCACCCGCUCCCCUCGUCCGCAGCCGCUGGGGGCACAGACGCCGCGCUCUCCGCUUUCCUGCACCGCAUGCUCCUCUCCUCCCCGGUCCCGCAGCUCCGCUCGCCGACCGCCGCUCGGUCGCAGGCGCCGCCCUCACUGCCUCCUGUCGUCUCGCUCGACGAUCCUGAACCGCGCGCCCUCCGCGACGCCGCCGACGUGGGCUACUUCCACCUCGCCGGCCACGGCGUCCCAUCCGAACUACCGUCCUCCGCGCUCGCCGAGCUCUCUCAAAUCGACGCGUCCGCGUGCCGCGAGUCGAAUCUUCGCACGCUCGGCUUCACGGAGGAGGAGGAGGAGGAGGAUGCGGACGGCGGCGCCGAAGACCCCGCCGUGGUGUUCGACGCCUGCGAGGGGGAGAUGGACACGCUCCCGGCGGCGGCAGAGUACGCGCGGCGGAUGAGGGACGUGGGCAUGCGGGUGGUGGCGCUGCUGUCCGGGUGCCCCGACGGGGGUUUCCGAGACGAGCCGUUCGCGGAGGGCAGGAGGAAGGCGAGGUGCCUGGUGUGGGCCUCUAGAGUCUCCGCUGGCGAGACGGCGCCUCCGGCCUCCGAGAAGGCGAAGGCGUACCCGUACGUCGUGGGCCUUCACUGCCAGUGGGAGGCGUCCGGCCAGGAACCGGCGCCGUCGAGCUGGGUGAUGGACGACGGCGGCGCGUGGACAGCCGUGGGCGCGCGUGACGGCGCGCUCCUGGUCACCAUCGGCGACAUUGCCCAGGUGUGGAGCAAUGGCAAGUUCAAGAAGGUGAGAGGGAUUGCUCGCCCCACUUCCGCACCCAAGGACGCGGAGCACGGCGAGCCUGACCGCUUGUCGGUGACCGUCCUCAUCACUCUGUCUCUAGACAAUGUCGUCUCGCCGUUGGUCCCGUUCUCAGAUGCCGUCGGCGAAGACAGCCGCGACGACGAAGUGGAUGGUGCCGGCGGGGAUGAGGAUGGGUGGACGUUCCACUCGUUCUUACUGGAGGACUACGCGUGGAGGGUUUAUCACCAGCGGCUUCAAUUCAAGGAUCCGCUGGUCCGGUACCGGAUAUGAAAUUUCCACGAUGAUCUGUAGCUUUGUUAUAUUUGUUGGUGUGUGGCUUGCGUUGUGAUCUCUAUGACUUCUGGGGUGGUUUACUGGUUUGAUCAUGAGUGAAUCAUUUUAGAGCAGUGGCCUUUUGGCUCUGCUUUAUCGAAAGCACCAAACAUGGAAGCGUUUUCAUC